AUGUUGUUGAGGGCGGUGCCGGCUCGGGAGGGCGGUGCCGGCUCGGGAGGGCGGUGCCGGCUCGGGAGGGCGGUGCCGGCUCGGGAGGGCGGUGCCGGCUCGGGAGGGCGUUUCCGGCCCCCCCCGAACCUCCCCAUAACCCUGAUACCCACAGACGAACUCCUGCGCAAUCUACCGGCUGCCGCCGAGCCCGGGAAAGGCGCGCGCGCGCCCCGGGGGCGCUUCCGCUUCCGGCUGCGCCGCGGGCCCCGGCCGCGCUCGGCGCCGCAGCGCUUCGGGCCGGGCCGCUUCCGCCCGGCGGGGCCCCCCCCGGCCCGUCUCGGGGGCCGCCUGCCGGGGCCGCGGCUCCGCCUGAGGCUUUUUCGCUCGUUGCCUUCGUUCCCAGAGGCGAAGCCGGUGCCGGCCGCCGCGCUCCUGUCCGGGCGGCUCCUCGGGACGGCGCCGCCGCUUGUCCUGCGCUGUCCCCGGGGCGAGGCGCCGAGGGGAGACUCUUCCUCCGAUGCGGCCGCGGAGCCCAUGAGGAUGGAGGGCCGGGACGCGGCGCGGGGCAGCCUGGGCUCCGCGUUCAAGGCCUUUCCCCUGCCCGCCGCUGCCGGCCUGCAGGACCCGCGCUGCCGGCCCGACACUAAGUUCUUACCCAAAACCAGCAGGUUUGCCUGCCCAGCUGGCAAUGCAUCCUGUGCCCUCAACUACAGCCCAGAAAUGCCCUGCCCUGAGGGCUUCCAAGCAGCUGGGGAGCAGCCUGGGGGCUUUGGCUCCAGUGCCAAUGGGCAGUGGAGGGGUCUGGGUCCCCCCUCGCUGGGCUGCAGCCUGCAGAAGCCAAGGCUGAGCCGAGGCUCCUACCUGGAAGCUCGCAAGACCCCCAGCUCCAGCAGCCUUGGGGGGAAGCCCCCCCCCCACUGCCACGCCUCAGCCUUCCCCAUCAAGCCUGCUCCCAGCCCGGCCUGGAGCGGGCCCUGCCGCCGCAGCCUGCUCAGCCCCAAGAAGACCCCCAGGAGGUUCAUCAGCACAGCAGAGGAGACUGUCCGGGAGGAGGAGCGAGAGAUCUACAGGCAGCUGCUGCAGAUGGUCACAGGGAAGCAAUUCUCCACCUCCAAGCCCUCUGCCCUCUUCCCCUUCCACCUCUCCAGGUGUUCCAACUCCACCAAGCCCACCCUGAAGGAAGCUCCCAGCACCAACUCCAAGCUGUUUGAAGCUCCCAGCAUGGCACCAGCAGGCCCCCCAGUGACCAGCACCCUCCCAGCCAGGGAGCAGCACAAACCACCCCUCUGCUCCCCCCCCAGCUGCUCCCCCAGUAUCUUCCAGUCCAGCAACUCCAGUGCCCAGCACCAGCAGGACAAGCCACCAGCACCCAGCACCCAGUCUGAAGGUUCAGACUCUGUCAUUUUACUCAAGGUCAAGGAUCCCAGGACCCCAACACCAAGCCUCCCGUUCUUCCAGGCAGAGCUGUGGAUCAAGGAACUGACCAGCGUCUACGACUGGCGCGCCCGGGAGCGCUGGAGGCAGAUCGAGGAGCAGAAGGCUUUGGCCCUGCAGCUGCAGAGCCAGAGGCUGCAGGAGCAGGAGCACUCUGUGCAGGACCUGGUGGAGCUCAACCUUCGAGUGCCCCUGGAGAAGGAGAUCCCUGUGACAGUGGUGCCUGAGGAGAAGGAGGAUGCCAGAGCUGCUGAUGGGGAGGAGGAGUUCCCUGAGAUCACUGAGGAGAUGGAGAAGGAGAUCAAGAAUGUGUUCCGGGGCGGGAACCAGGACGAGGUCCUGAGCGAAGCCUUCCGGCUGACCAUCACCAGGAAGGACCUCCAGACCCUCAGCAACCUCAACUGGCUGAAUGAUGAGAUCAUCAACUUCUACAUGAACCUGCUGAUGGAGAGGAGCAAAGAGAAAGGGCUGCCAGCAGUCCAUGCUUUCAACACCUUCUUCUUCACCAAGCUGAAGACAGCAGGGUACCAGGCAGUCAAAAGGUGGACCAAGAAAGUGGACAUCUUCUCUGUGGACCUCCUCCUGGUGCCCAUCCACCUGGGAGUCCAUUGGUGCCUAGCAGUGGUGGACUUCAGGAAGAAAACCAUCACCUACUAUGACUCCAUGGGGGGGAUCAACAGUGAGGCCUGCAGGAUCCUGCUGCAGUACCUGAAGCAGGAGAGUCUGGACAAAAAGAGGAAGGAGUUUGACACCAAUGGCUGGGCCCUGCUGAGCAAGAGGAGCCAGGAGAUCCCUCAGCAGAUGAAUGGCAGCGACUGUGGGAUGUUUGCCUGCAAGUAUGCUGACUGCAUCACCAAAGACAAACCGAUCAACUUCACCCAGCAACACAUGCCCUACUUCCGCAAGAGGAUGGCCUGGGAGAUCCUGCACCGGAAGCUGUUGUGAUGCCACCCACCCUCCCCCCC